GGCGCCGCCGGCGCUGUCGUGCGGCCUCCCGCGGCUGCGGAAGAGUUUUCCCGGAACUGGAAGGCGCUGCGGGAGCUGCUGAAGCAAAAAUCACAGGCUCUGGAAAAGCCUCUUGUUAUCUCUCAGAUGGAUUCCAAAAAGCAGCCCAAAGUUAUCCAACAAAACAGAGAAGGCAGCCCAGGUAAAGCUAAGAGAGAUGAGAUGGGGACAGAAAAAACAGACCAUGCAGCCAGCGGGGGCUCUGCUCCUGCAGGAUCUCUGAGGAACAGGAAGGUGCCAGCACCUCCCACAAAGGCCAGCCGAGCAGAGCACAGUGAGAAAGGGACCAAGAAAAGGACAAAUGGUGACAUUUCUCCAACUCAAGGGGACAUCAAGCAUAAGAAGCGGAAAGCUAAGGAGGCGGCUGCAGCCUUGACUCCAGCCCCACCCACCGAGGAAGACAUCUGGUUUGAUGAUGUCGACCCGGCAGAUAUCGAAGCGGCCAUCGGCCCAGAGGCAGCAGAGAUCGCAAGAAAACAGCUGGGACAGAGUGAGAGGAGCGUCACGCUGGUGAAGGAGCAGGCCUUCGGCGGCCUGACGAGAGCCUUAGCCAUGGACUGUGAGAUGGUGGGCGUGGGCCCCAAUGGGGAGGAGAGCAUCGCUGCCCGCGUGUCCAUUGUGAACCAGUAUGGGAAGUGUGUUUACGACAAGUACAUCAAGCCCACCCAGCCGGUGACUGACUACAGGACGGCGGUCAGCGGGAUACGGCCCGAGCACCUCCGGCAGGGAGAGGAAUUUGAAGUUGUUCAGAAGGAGGUGGCAGACAUGCUGAAGGGCCGCAUUCUGGUUGGACACGCACUGCACAACGAUUUAAAGGUGCUGUUUCUAGAUCACCCAAAAAAGAAGAUCCGGGACACACAGAAAUACAAACCUUUCAAGAGUCACGUGCAGAGUGGAAGGCCAUCCCUGAAGCUGCUUGCAGAGGAAAUCCUGGGGAUCAGGGUGCAGCAGGCGGAGCAUUGCUCGAUUCAGGAUGCCCAGGCAGCAAUGAGACUGUACAUCAUGGUGAAGAAGGACUGGGAGAGCAUCGCCCCAGACAGGCGCCCCGCAGCCAUCGCUCCAGACGCCGGCAGUGACGACGCCUAGUGAGAGCCCAGCUGCUAGUGCCGUCCCUCCCACCGCCCUGUGGCAGUGUCUCCGUCCACAGGCAGUUGUGACCAAAUCUGCCCAGAGCAGCAACUCUGUCGAAACAUUUUCAAAAUAAUGGCAGCAGGGGCAUGGGAGCAUGCAUGCUGCUGAGAAGAACUUUUUCUUCCUUCUGAUUUUAUGAUCUAAGACCUAGUCCCACUCGCAGGGGGGACGGGCAGUGUGGGCAGGGACACAGCCGGCGGAGUCAGGGGUGUUUGUCCUGGGCACAGCCAGGAGUCCGGGGUGGCGGGACUCAAGUGGGAGUGCAGAUGGGGAGUCGGGGCUGUGCCUGCCCUGCGCUGUCACCGUGGACGUGGCGGUGGGCUUCGCUGGGGUUCACCGGGUCCCAGGGCAGGAAGCACCCAGUUGUCCACUGGCUCUUCAGCGCUUCCUCUAAGGAGGCCUCGUUCCCUCCAUCGCCUUGAGCGAUGUAAAGAACUCUUCUGGACUGGAGGGGCCCCGGACCAGGUGUCUGCGGUUAGCCCAGCUGCA